AUGCCCACCACCGCGGGAGCCCGGCCGGGCAGGACGCUCAGGCGGCGGCGGCGGCAGCCAGCAUCGCCCGCCCGCCGCUCCCUCAGAGGAGGGCGUCGCAGGCCUGAGCAAACGAGCGCCGAGCACAGCGCCCAAGCCGGGUGGAGGAAGAUGAGAGAUGAGAUCUACCCCACGCCCUGGCGUGACGCGGAGACGCCCUUAGCGACGGCGCAGGGGGCGGGGGAAGCGAGGCGUUGCUGGAUACUGAAUUUUGAAAGAAAUAUCAGUUAUCAUUCAUGGCCACCAGGAGCAACCUACCGAGUGGCUCUGGGUGAGCACGAUCUCUUGGAGGUGGAUGGCACCGAGUACUAUAUUGGUGUGGACAGAAUCUUCAUUCAUAAUGGCUGGAAUCCCAAUGACAUCGCCAAUGGCUAUGACAUUGCCCUGCUGCGCCUCGAUUCUCCUGCCUAUGACAAUGGGUUCGUUGAGCUGGGAAUGCUUCCAUCUGAAGGAGAUGUUUUGCCCAAUAACUAUCCCUGCUACAUUACCGGAUGGGGGGUGGUUAGUGUGGGUGGCGGCAGCGCAGUCAAACUGCAGGAGGUGAUGCUGCCGGUGGUCGACCAUGAGAUCUGCUCCCAGAACGACUGGUGGGGCUCACAAGUAAAAGCCACCAUGAUCUGCGCAGGUGGAGAUGGCGUGAGGUCCGGAUGCAGUGGGGACUCUGGGGGCCCUCUCAACUGCUACACAAACAACCGCUGGCAAGUCCACGGGAUUGUGAGUUAUGGGCUGGUUCCUUACUGUAACACCUACAAGAAGCCAACAGUCUUCACACGUGUGUCAGCCUACGUGGACUGGAUCUACAGCACUACAAUGAAUAACGGGGGUUUCUAG